AUGCACGCGGUCCUCCAAACACCGGAGCUGCGACAUAAGAUUUUCGCGUACUCCAAUCACAGUCACUUGGCCAUAUUAGCAAGGACAUGCAAGACGUUUCACGAAUCAGCGCUCAGCCUGCUCUGGAGACGAUGUGAAAACGUCGAUCAUGUUCUUAACCUGCUUCCGGCAGCCAUAGAAUAUGGGUUGCACCGAUCAUGUGAGAACGGCAACACGACGAUCCCGAGCUAUCUGACGCCAGAGGAUGUUAUACGUGUGCAGCACUACACACCAUUCAUACAAAGCUUGCACCUCGACUUCGGUUAUGAGAGCACUCGCGGUGCACCUGAAGCGCUCGCGAAGGUCGUCAUUGCCUGUGGUGAUCAAAACUUGUUCCCAAAUCUACGCGAGUUGGUCUACUUAGGCCCAUCCACCUUUGCGGCAUGCCUUCCGAAUAUUACGCGCCCACCGUUGCACCAGAUCAGUAUGGCCAUAGAAUCAAUGUCCGAAUAUGACGAGGUCAACGACGAUCCGGAGUUGUCGUUAGAAGGAGGAAUGGAGCUGAGCAUACUGUUCGCGCUCAAAGCGCGUCGUGCGCAUCCAAUCACCUCUCUGGAUCUGUUCCUGCCAUCCCACUGUGGAUGGCCUAUCAUCACCCUACUGUCCGGGUGGGAUCAUCUGGAGAGCCUAUCCUUGGCGACGUACGUGGACGCCAACCUGCUGUCAACAAUGUUCUCUCUGCCACGUUUACGUUCUCUCAAGCUUGGCGAGGAUCCGAGUCGGACAACGCGUCUUGAAAGCACGAACACGUUGGACAACUGUCUAUCGACCGCCCCUCCCACCUUACAAUCCCUGACGCUGAACUCAUGGCAACUCUCCGACGUCGCAGAUCUCGUUUCUGGGUCCCGGAACCUUCGGCUGGUCAAAUUGUAUGUCACGCGGGUCGGGGAGUCGCGCGCUCUAGGCAGGUUCAUACAGAAUUUGCGGAAGAACCCCUCAGAGCAGACCUUGCGGAUAUUGAACAUAACGCGCGGGGCGGACCCUCCCAUGUCGCGAGCUGCCCUGCCCUCGCGCGUCGACGACGACUGUGUUGCACUGGGCAGCUUCCAGUUGCUGUUUGACUUCCGCAACCUCGUCAGCCUGAUUCUCCACGUGCCAGGGACGACCAUAUCCUUGCGGAACGCAGACCUCGACAAGAUGGCCCAGUCUUGGCCACAAAUACAGCGUAUCGAUAUCCAGGGGGCUAAAAAGGCAGAGCCCGACUGCACGGUGGUCGGACUCAUUCCUUUCGCCCGCCACUGCAAGCAGCUCGAGACGCUCUCCAUCUCGGUCCGCGCAUGGGAUGCGGACAUACCGGAGGGGGCUGACGUCGAUUGCGCUCAGUUCGCUUUGGGGAAGCUGGUGCUUUACAACUCUCCGAUAUGUUCACCGUCGGAAAUAGCGUUGUUUCUGUCCAGGUUCUUCCCUUGCUUACACGAAGCGUUGCUGUCCGCAUUCGGUAACCCACCUCGGGGUCAGGCAGAGCAAUGGCGGAAGGUAGAUGAACUCCUACCGCUCUUAUGCCAGGCGCGGCUGGAGGGUGUUCCCGGUGGCAGAACGCUACAGAACCUGUGUGGCCGAGCAUAA